UUCUAAGCAGUACAAUGGCUGAGGGAUCUGGAGACAGUACUGAUGACCUCACAAAAGAGUCAUUGCUUACUGCAACUACAACUCCAGGCAUGGUCACAACUAGAGUUACAACUGGAGCUACGACUCCCUCAAUUGCUAAAGUAACAACUUCUGAAACAGUAACAUCUUUACAUUCAGCAGUCACUCAUGCUUCAUCGCUGUACAGCACUGAGAAACCAACAUCGUUCUCAGAAACUACUGAUACUAGUAGCCAAAGUGGACAGACUGAGCCAUCUGUGGCUUCUAUCUUCACUUCUUCAGAGGAAUUUGCUUCCUCUGUAGGACCAACGUCUAACUAUUUUUCAGUUACUCAUAAGCCUUUUAUCUCAACAUCUUUUACAGCAAGUUCAUAUGAACUUCAAACUUCUAAUCCUCUUAUCAGCCCAAGUAUGACAACAUCAAAAAUUACUUUCACUGAUACAGACAUGGAGAGUUCUACCAGUACACUAGAAGACGAUGAUUCAGAAACAAGUCAGUACGGUUCUGGUGAAGAUGUUCUGUUUGACACAACCCCCAAACUUGUUGUGAAAUUUACUGUGACUACAGACGAAACUGAAAUUGACGAUAGCACUAGGGCAUCAGACAACAUUCUUCUAACAAGUACGCCACCUACCAAACACUAUACCAAGCUUUAUGUGGAAACAUCUCAGCCCUCUAGUGUGACAGAGAAUGGCAGUGGGGUAUUCACUGAUGAUACUGUUUCUGAAGAUCGAGACCAAACUUUACAAACGAAAUUAACAUCUCACCAUCCUAGUUCUUUGAAAACAACAGCAAUGACUCAUAGAAUUACCCUGUCUUCUACUGUUGUUCCUGAUUCUAGUAUAAAACUCACAACUGGUGCCUUGUCAGUAUUAAGCACAGAUGAACCUCAAACCACAAUGGCACUACUGACCAAAUCCGACACAGCAUCCACAUCACUUCCCGUUUCUGUAGAAUUAAGUGGCAUAUCUUCAAUAACAACUGAUAAAUCAACUCACGCACCAGACAAAAUCUCAGCGACAUUUGGGGAAGCAACAGGUGAAACAGAAACUUUAGUUUCACAAGGAUCAGAGCACAUUUCCUCUCAGGAGGUAGAACAUAUUUCAAAUACACCAUCAUCUGUUGAAAUGACAUCUAUAUUUUCAACUCUAGGAACAACAGAAUUUUCACCCAAAAUUCAAACUUCUACAAUUUCUGACAAUAAAACUGGAGACUUGACCAGUGUAAGACCCAGUACUGUCCACAUACAGGAGGAAGUGAUCUCACUGUCUACACCAAUUCCAUCUAUUACAUACCAUGGUUUCACAGACCAGCAAGUUGUCAUAAUUAACUCCCAAGGCAGCCACGUUAUAAAUGACCAAAUAGAUCAAACAUCUACAAUGGUUCUGCAUCCAUCCACAAGCACAUCAGUAACAUUUACAGAAGAAAAUUCUGAAGAUAAGGUUUAUUCAACUCUAGCUCAUGGGCCAGUUAUGACAUAUGACAAUAUAGUUGAUGUAGAUAAUGUUUCAAUUGAUGCUUCUGACCUUACAUACCCUACAAUUCAAACAGAGGAAGGUGCGGGCAUUGAGGCCGUUAAAACAACUCAGAAAUUGUUAGUAGUAGAGGAAUCGGAGGGAUCUGGAACUGAUGCCAUGAACAUUUUUACCUCCAAAUCAAGUGUGUUACCAACUACUAUUGGGCCACUGCUAUCUCUAUUUGUUGAUGAUACAAAAUCAGGUGUUUCAAGUGAAGAACAAAGUGAAGAGUCAACAUUAUUUCCAUUACAAAGUGUUUCCACAAAGUCCAGCUCUGAAGAAGUAACCACACAACAACCUUCUGGUCUUAAUACUGUCAGCACCAUAGCAUCUGAAGUUAGUGCUACAUUGCAUGUCAUUUUAAUUGAAUCCAAGUCACCUAAAUCAACUAGUGAACUAUCUCCAAUUGAUGACACCACUCUAAAAACAACCACAGAGGUUACUUCAGCCCAUCAGCAAUUAGAAAAACAAGUGACCUCUGCAGCUACUUCUCAGCUCAGCACUGAAUCAACAACUGCUACAAAUGAAGAGGAGAGGCAAAAUAUGUUGACAGAAAAAGACACAAAAUCAUUUGUCUCUGCCACAGUUUCAUUGAAAAGUACAGUUAUUCCACAAGAAAGUGAUGGAUCUGUAGUCACACUAGUGUCACCUGUGUCCAGUACAAAAGCACCCGUGUUUGAGGAUAAGACAACCUCAUCACAGAGUCCCUCAUUCAGUGGAGUUUUAUCAACCACAAAAUAUCCAGAGAUCACAAGUGACAAGACUUUCUCUACUUUAUCAACUGAUCGUGGAGUGAUGGAGACAGUGUCCGUUUCUUCGAAACAAACCCCUUCAGAUGAUACAGCAAUUAAGUUUAUAACAACAUUUCUUCCAGAAUUAGAAACAACAUCUCCAGCAAUAUCCUUCCAACAGGCCAGGUCAGAGAUUGCAUCUACUCACUAUCCUUCAUUUGAAAGCUCUUCUGAGAAAGCAACUCUUUCUAUAGUAAGCACAGUUCUGCCCAGCCAUCCCACACAGACAGGAGACCAAAGUAUAGAAGACUCAACACCAGAAGCUGCUGCUAUUCAGUUGAUGUCUUCUCUAAGUCCGAUUGAAAAAGUCACAGAAAGAUCACACUUGUUCAGCACUGAAACACCAGCAAUAUCCAUUGGCCAGUUUGCUGAAGAGCUAGUAACAAUUACACCAAAAAUGAUAAAAAAUGAAUCAUAUAGUGAAUAUACCACAGCUUCAAAAGAUCUCACCCAACAAACUGAGAUAGAAACAUCAGCCAUCACAUACGAACCAACAACAUAUCCUUACUCAACCACUUUAGAUGAUUUGGUUAGAUAUGAAGCCCCAGAUUACGGAAAUAUUGGCCAGGUUGAAGCACUGCCAGAAUACCUUACAACUGCAUCUGAAACAUUUACCAUUGAGACAACAGCAGUUACUAUGGCAACACAGGUGUCAACAUCCAUAAGUGACAUGGACUCCUCCAGCUUUGAAAGCAGUAGUUCAGAGGAAAACAUAUCAACUGCGACCAUUUCUAAUGUGGAGGAUGAUAAGAAAACAACCGAGUUCCUGCUUGUUUCAGGUGUGGAAACACAGACCACUGUAAGUCCCUCUGGAGGAGAAGGUUUGACUCAAGGGGCAUCUUUAGAGGAUAACUGUUUAUCGCCAAAAGAAAUUCAGACAAUAUUCAAGGACCAAACAACUAUUUUGGAGAAGUCAGAAAUUUCUGUACCAACUGUAGUACCUAGAACAAUAUCACAGACUGAAGUUCAGACCAAAUCAACAAUUACAUUAAAAUCCACCACUCACUCUAUGGAGGGGCUUGAUAAUAUCAAUGAAACUAAGGCCCCAUCUCUUGUUGGAGGAGAACCACCAAUAAAAGGGGAAGAUACAACAGUUCCAGUGCCAGAUUUGGGCCACACAGUUAUUGGUGAACCUGUUGAAAUUCCAGGAAUUUACUCAUGCACAGAAAAUGUCUGUCUUAAUGGUGGAACGUGCCACAAGACUGGCAGCAUCUAUGUAUGUAGCUGUGCGCCUGGUUACAAUGGCGCUAACUGUGAAACAGAACUUGAUGAGUGCCAUUCCAACCCUUGUCGCAAUGGAGGCACCUGUAUUGAUGGUGUGGCUAGCUUCACAUGUGUCUGUCUCCCAAGUUACUCUGGGCUGUAUUGUGAGGAAGAUACAGAAACGUGUGACUAUGGCUGGCACAAGUUCCAAGGACACUGUUAUAAAUACUUCCCUCAGAGAAGAAACUGGGAUACAGCAGAGAGAGAGUGUCGUAUGCAUGGGGCUCACCUCACUAGCAUCUUGUCUCAUGAGGAACUACUAUUUGUGAAUCGUCUUGGACAAGACUACCAGUGGAUUGGCCUGAAUGACAAAAUGUUUGAUAAUGAUUUCCGAUGGACUGAUGGCAGACCUGUGCAAUAUGAAAACUGGAGGCCCAACCAGCCCGACAGUUUCUUCUCCUCGGGUGAGGACUGUGUAGUGAUGAUUUGGCAUGAGGAUGGCCAGUGGAAUGAUGUUCCUUGCAACUACCAUCUUACAUACACAUGCAAGAAAGGCACAGUGGCAUGUAGCCAACCUCCUAUUGUAGAAAAUGCAAGGACUUUUGGCAAGAAGCGGGAGAGAUAUGAGGUCAACUCUUUAGUGAGAUACCAGUGCAGAACCGGCUUCAUCCAGCGGCAUGUGCCCACUAUUCGGUGCCGUGGAGAUGGCCGAUGGGAUAUUCCUAAAAUAACCUGUAUAAAUCCUUCAGUUUAUCAGAAGGCUUAUUACCGGAGACAUCAACACAAAAGUCUUUACAGCAUAAACAAUUUUAGGCAUCGACCAGAGGAACUUACACAGUUUCAGUAUCCACUUUACCGCACAAGGAGGAACAGGAGGGAACAGCAGAAGAAAAGGAGAUAAAACAUCUGAUUAAACCAAUGGAAUAGCACAAACAUAUUAGGAAAUUUAUUAAGUGGACUGUUUUUCCUUUUGAAUGCAAAUGGAACCCAUUGAAGUCACUUUUUUUUAAUCAAGCAGCACUGUUCUUCACCAUUGCAGAUUUGGAUUGAAUUUUUAUAAUGCUUUUUUUAAGCAUUUGGACAUUUUUUUUAAAUUUUUUUUUGCCACAGGGUUAUUAAAACACAUGAUUACAUACUCAUUCGGUGUUCCUAAUUUAUAUAGCGCUUAUUGUGAUCUUUUUUUUUAUAGCAAAUCUUGAGGAACCCGUUGUGACAAGCAUAAUGCAACACUGAAAGACCACAAUUUCUAAUACAAGUAUUAUGUCGAUAGCCUGGUGAUCAUAGUAAAUUAUAGGACAGCUUUAAAAGUGUCCUUAUGAUGUAAAACAGCAGGUAUAUAAUGUCCUGUUAUUCACAAAGACACAACAAAACGUGUGUUUACUUGUAAUUGUUGUGCUGUUAAUAAGACAACACUGUACUAGUUAAACAUCCUCCUCCUCUACAUUGUGAGAAUGUACUGUGUUAAAUACUCAGAGAGACUUGAAUGAAAUGGCUGAGAAGCAUCUAACUUAUUUUCAAGCUGCUUUACAACUCUUCGUGUGAUCCUCACAAUGAUGACCCUGAAGUGCUCAACAUGUGUUUUAUUGUAUUAGUCCAGAAACCAGCAACAAUCAUGAACUGUUAAACUGGACACUGAAGAUAAAGCAAAGACUUUUUUUUUUUUUGAUACUCGCUGUGGACCAAAGAACUGGGAGGGCUCUGUUGACUGCAAUAAGUGGAUGCUUAUUGGAGUCCCCAGCAUGUUUGAUGUGUCUGCCUGUGAAUGUGUGUUUGACCUUAAUGUGCACAUAAUAUCUAUAUAUUUAUAACUUUUACAAUGUGAAUGUUUGGGAUGUUUGAGAUAUUUUUUUAAAGAUAUGAUUGUUUCCUGCUUUAAAUCACAAAAAUAAAUAUUAAUUUCUAAUAACAA